CCCAAACCCAUCUCCAUUUUUAAUUCCCUGUAACACUCCUCCGUGUCUGACUUCAUCUUCAAAAUCCCAAUUAAAGAGUAAAAAUAUCUGGGAAGGAUCUGUUUACUAUUUGAUAGCGCUCCUAACCUGCCUUCAUUUGCCUCCAACAUCCAGAUCGUUAUCCCCGCGCGGGGCAUUUUGUACCAACCAAUCUGAACCUGUCCCCGGCUCGUUGAUAUCCCCGGCCAUUAUGCCAUUUUCACACCAUAGCCAUUCAGGGCAAUUCUGCCCUGGCCACGCAAAAGACUCCCUCGAAGAAGUCAUCCAAUUGGCUAUAGCCAAAAAGUUCAAAGUAUUUUGCUUAACGGAGCACAUGCCCCGUGGAGAACUUGAUUAUUAUCCAGAAGAGAUUGAAUCUGGCCAAACAGGGUCAUGGAUGAUUGCCAACGAGGCUGACUACUUCCACGAGGCAACCCGGCUCCGAGCAAAGUACGCCGAUCAGAUCCAGAUUAUAGUCGGGUUUGAGAUCGACUGGAUCCGACCAGAGUCGCGGGCCCUAGUUGAGACGUCGCUGAAGGCGUUCCCGUUCGAGUUCUUUAUGGGCUCUCUCCACCACACGCGGACCGUGCCGAUCGACUAUGACCGCGAAAUGUAUGAGAAUGCGCGCGACUUGGCCGGCGGCUCGGAUGAACGCUUAUUCGAGGCCUACUUUGACGAGCAGUUGGAUAUGUUGCAGCAGCUGAAGCCGCUGGUCGUCGGGCACUUCGAUCUCAUCCGCCUGAAGAGCGAUGGUCCUGACCGGAGCUUCAAGCAAUGGCCCGGGGUUUGGGAGCGGAUCUUGCGCAAUUUGGACUACGUGGCUGGGUAUGGGGGCAUCCUGGAGCUGAAUUCUGCUGCGCUGCGGAAGGGUAUGAGUGAGCCUUAUCCCAAGGCUGAGAUUUGCCAGGAGUUUUUGGCCCGUGGAGGCCGUUUCUGUUUGUCUGACGAUAGUCACGGUUUGGAUCAGGUUGGGCUGAAUUACCUCCGGGUGCUGGAUUUCAUUGAGAAGACGGAAAUUACCACGCUGCAUUAUCUCGAUCUCAGAGCUGAAGGCGAGACCGAAUCCGCGGCUGAUAGCCGAUUUCCUCACACGCUCAUCAAGUCCGCGUCUGUGGACGAGGUGAAGAAAAUGAGCUUUUGGGAAGGAAAGUAGGAAAGCCAACAGCUCUUCAAUGUCGGGAUGACGGUGGAAAGACUCCCGGAUCAACUUGGGAAAAGAAGUGCAUAAUUUCUUAUUUUGAAUGGGCGUGGAAGGCCUAUUUAUACGUGGACAUCUCUGCGCUAGUAGUAAGCGAUACUACCUGUGUAUCCUGAUGGUACAGGCUUCGUUUACUCGACAAACGAUGGAUAGUCCACCUUGCCACUAUGAUGUUGAUGGAAGAGGUGAAGCUCACCCCUUCGCCGAUAUCGCCCAUGUCGAACAACGACAACAGUUGCUGUCUAUAGCUCCAAUAUAAUUGUUUCGUCAGCCUCCCAAGCUGGCUUUAAAACCGACCACCG